AUGUUGGGCAAAAGCUAUCUGGCGUUGGCCGUUGCUAUUCUCCCUACUAUUGGAGCCACCGCAAUUAACCGAUCACGACCUCCUACCGAAAAUCGUUACUUCGAGGGACCGUUUCCUGAGGUCGUGAAAGAUCUAAAGACAGACGCUACAGGAGCACUUAGCGUCGGACCGGACGGUGUCUUGCGUAGUUUCGCGGGCAACCUCGAAGUCAUUGAUUAA